AUGUCGCUUCAAUACUGCCCUCUUUUAUCGACUUCAGCACGAAACAAUGGGCUUCAAGGCACACAGGCUGCUUCCGAGUUCCUUGCACAAAUUCAACAUGACAGAAAAAUCAGUCGCUCGCAGCUUCUUGAUGGCGGCCAACUACAACAAAUCUCCCAGACUUUGAACAGGCCGAACAACUUGCACUCGGACAAGAUAUUCGCUGUUCAAGACCAGCCCGAUGGCACUCUGCUUCCGGCUGGGUACCAUCUUGCAUACUUCACGCCCUCAGCCUUGAAUAGUAGUCUAGGUUCCGAUGGCUCUGAUCGAAACGUAAAUCCGAGAGCGUCAUUUACGAGACGAAUGUGGGCUGUUGGUGAGAUGACUUGGACGCGUGGAAAUCCAUUAAAGGUCGGCGACCGUAUGACUUGA